UUACAGGAUGUAAGAAAGAGGGUAAUGUGGUGGUUUCCUUUUUUUGCUGUGUACACCAUUGGCCUGAUCCCUGAACUCUCCAUAGCUUGGUACUAUAAGUUAAUUCUGGCUCUGCUUGCUGCGGGCUUCUGGAAAUUCCUCAACAUGUUUUUCUUUGACGAGAGAUUGAUGAACAUUAUUCCCGUGUCUGUGUAUCUUAGCUCCAAAAUAAUGAUGUUCUUCACCUGGUUUGUGUAUCUAGUUCCUUAUGUAGAGAUGACCUGGACAAAGACAAUUCUGUUCUGGUUAAAUACGGUUCUGUUGUGUUAUAAUUUCUACAUGUGCUGGAAGACAGACCCAGGAUUCAUCAAAUCCAACCGAGAACAAAAAUUACAGACCAUUAUAGAUUUGGCAGAGAAGCAAACCUUGACAUUAAAUCAGUUUUGUAGUACCUGUCUGAUUCAUCGUCCAAUCAGAUCAAAGCACUGCUCUGCCUGCGAUAAAUGUGUGGCCAAAUUUGACCAUCAUUGUCCGUGGACAGACAAUUGUAUUGGUGCCUACAACCACAAAUACUUUAUUGGUUUCCUUCUCUUUCUCCUGUUUAUGUUGUCGUGGUGUGUCCAUGGAACCUUGGCUUAUUGGAGAGUUAAUUGUCCAUUUGAUAUCUAUGAGGACGGAAUUACUGGUAUCCUGUACAAAGUCCUGAGGACCUCCCCCUGGGUGUUCUGGGUGGGGACGAACGCUAUGAUUCACAUUGUGUGGGUGACUGUACUCUUGUCUUGUCAGCUUUAUCAGGUGGUUUGGCUUGGGAUGACCACAAACGAGAGAAUGAAUCAUGGGAGAUACAAAUAUUUAUACGGGAACUUUUCGGAGAGUCACGGCCAAGGCCACAAUCGUAGAGGUCAUGGUCACGGGCACAGUCACGGGCCGAGCGGGGAAUCUAAACAGAAAGGACAAAAUCCAUUUGAUCGUGGGCCAAUCAGAAACCUUGUUGACAUAUUAGACUUCCAAUUCUGUGGAUUGAUCCGCCCUAGUAGAAUAGAUUGGAUGAACCUUUAUUCACUUCCUGGACAAACUCCACCCCCUCUAGGAAAAAUGAACUUUGGUGUAGCAAGAGAAAAUUACCAGUUUGUUUGAUGAUGUGAACAUCUUUAUGUAACCUUUAGUCACAAUAGUCAGUAAAACUGUUCUCUAUCAACACUCGUAGGGAUGUAUUUAUAUCUUUAAUUGUUUGUUAUUUAUAAUACUUAAUUCCAUUUUUCUUUUAUAUCAUGUUACAUUUCAUAUCAAAAUUAGUGUAAUCUAUCAAGAAAAAUGUUAUUAUUGUUGUCUAAACAACAAAGUUGUCUAAAAUUUACAAUUGAAAACAGAGAGGAAUUUUUUUU